UUAACGUUUGACCAGACAGGAUGAGGCGGCUUCUCAUCAGUCUUCACUCGGAGUGACUGGUAAGAACUCUCUGGAGAAAGACUGUGACGGCGAUGACUCCCAUGGUGCAUCUGUGUCUUCUGGCGCUCCUGCUGGGCUCUGCUGAUGGGUCGGGUCUGGAGGGCCAGAAGGUGUCCUUUGAGAACAUGGUGGUGGAGGUAGCAGAAGGGACACCUGUACCUUAUGUCCUCUACCAGUUCCAAGUCAACAAUCCAAGUGUGAACGGCUUCAGGCUGAAUGGUGAAGGCAGCGAUGCCAUCAAGAUCUCUGAGGACGGAUGGUUGUAUCUGGACAAACCUCUGGACUGGUCCCACAAUGACAACUACUUGGUUGCGGUGGAAGCUUUGGUAGACGAUGAAGCCGUGGAAGGGCCAGUUUACGUGACCAUCAACGUGUUGGACGUCAACAACUACGCUCCCGUCUUCAACCAAAGUUACUACAUUGCUGUGGUCCGAGAGAAUGCUCUAGCAGGCGUCCCCUUCACUCGGGUGUUUGCGUCGGACCGUGACGACCCCUCCACUCCCAACGCCCAGCUGAGAUACAGCCUGGUCAGCCAGAUCCCCAGCAAGAACAGCACUCUGCUCUUCCAGGUGGACGCCAUGACCGGCGAGAUCUCCACGUCCCAACAAGGACAGCAGAGCCUGAAGGCCAGUGAGACUAUUCAGUUCGCCAGAGGAGAAGACCACGGCGUUGAUGCUCUCAAGGCAAAGUUUGACGGGUACUGCCCGGCGCCCACCGUCCCACAUGACCAGAACCCCUUCUUCACCUGUGUGGAGAGAGCAGAGACAAGAAGGAGGAACAUAAACCCCCUGGAGGACCCCGACUACACCUUGUUUGUGCGCGUCCAGGACAUGGCGGGCGCGUCUGAGAUGGCGUUGAGCGGUAACACCAGAGUGCACAUCGUGGUGCAGCCCAACCUGUGGGUGAACCCUGGCAGGCUCAGCGUUACAGAACACGCGGAAGGAUCUUAUCCACGCGUCCUUACAAAGGUCCAAUCCAAUGAGCCCGAUGCCGUCUACAGACUUGUGCAGAAAGAGAGAGAGCUGACCUUCCCCUUCCAGAUCAAUGAAGAUGGAGAAAUCCUUCUCACGGAGGAGCUGGACAGAGAGGAGAAGGACAUGUACAUCCUGGUGGUGAUGGCCGAGGACCAAUUUAACAAUGAGGUGGACCCGCCCAUGGAGAUCCAGGUUGUGGUGGAGGACGUGAACGACAACGCACCUGUGUGUGUGACGGAGGAGAGUGUGUUUGAGGUGCAGGAGGACGAGCCCGUAGGCAGCCUGGUUGGACAACUACUGGCCCACGAUGACGACGAAGAGGGGACACUCAACGCUCUGCUGACCUACACCAUCUUGUCCCAGGACCCGCCCACUUCGCCCGACGCUUUCACCAUUGAUGCCGCCUCUGGUCGAAUUCAAGCGUUGCGCUCGUUGCAGCGUCGAGAGCAUCAGGUGUACAGACUCAGUGUCAGAGUCAGUGAUCCAGUUUACAGUGCAGAAUGCAAGGUGGUCGUCAAAGUCAUCGAUGUCAACAACGAGCUGCCUCUCUUUGAGAAGAACGACUAUGGCAGCCACACAUUGGCGGAGGACGCAGACGUAGGACACACGGUGCUCAGCAUCACAGCAUCAGACGCAGACGACCCGGAAAGCGGCAGCUCCUUCAUCGAGUUCCACAUCUCAGCAGGCGAUGAUGACGGGGUGUUUGCCGUGGAAACGGACGGCCGAGGUGUCGGCCACCUGGUCAUCGCUAAGCCUCUGGACUUUGAGACGUUCACCUUCUACAAGCUGAAGAUCGACGCUCGUAACCCGGAGCCUCUGAUGAGCGGCCUGCAGUACGGCAGCGACUCCAGCACCUUUGUGUCCUUGUCUGUCACUGACGUGGACGAAGUCCCGGAAUUCACUUUGGACGUGCUGGACGUGGCCGUGGCAGAAAACACCACCAAGGGCACCGUGCUGCUCACUGUGGAGGCCAAAGACCCCGAGGGCAAGGAGAUACGUUUCAAGAUGGAGGGCGACUCUCAAGGCUGGCUGGAGAUGGACGAGACUUCAGGACAAAUCAGGACCAAAGAAAAACUGGACAGAGAGACUUUGGAGACCUUUGAAGUCAAGGUCACGGCCUUUGAGAAAGACAACUUGGACAAGUUUGAGGAGCGCCUGGUGUCCGUCAGGCUGCUGGACGUCAACGACAACAUCCCCAAACUGACGGAGACCAAGGCCUUCAUCUGCCGGAAGAAACCGGAAGCAGUCUUCAUCAAAGCCCGUGACACAGACGCCCCCCCCUUCUCGCAGCCCUUCUCCUUUGCCUUCGCACACGGGAAGAAGUCCCACAACUGGGACCUGCAAGUAGUGGACGGAACCACCGCAAAACUCACUCUCAAGAAAACUCCUGAGAAAGAUGAAAUCUUCUCACUGAACAUCAACAUUAAAGACAACGCGGGAGUCGGAGUCACGCAAGCCUUCCACGUCCACGUGUGUACCUGCACUGAGUUAGGUUACUGCUACGUGGCACCUGCGGAGCGAGCCUUCAUGUUGGGCCUGGGACCCACAAUCGGCAUCCUGGCAGGAGUUCUGGGAUUCGUCGUCAUCGCCUUUGUCAUCGUGAUCAAACGUUCGAGUAAAAAGGAGGCGACGGAGGAGAGGAACGCUCUAAUGUGAAACAACUUGUAGUGUUUGGCGUGUGAGGGACAUUCAUGGAAGACAUUAGCUUAGCUUAUAUCGACUUUUUACAAGACGUGAUUCAAAACAGGCGCAGCAACCUAAUUUAUUUUUAUUGGAAUGUACAUCUAUAGACAACAUAUGCAAAUGAGCCCACAGCUGUAAUCUGACAUAUUUACAUAUCAUGUAUAUUUUUAUUAAUAUGUAUAAACAAAUGAUAAUAUUAAUGACAUAUUCAGUAUUCAAUAUUUAUCAGUUAGUUUUUUGCAAUCAAUGCUCUUUUCCCCCCCAAUAAACUUAGUGGAUGCCACUUU